GUAAAAGUUAUAAACUUAUCCAAAGAAAAAUAAUUAUACUAUUCAUUAGUGAAAAACACAGCAAUAAGUAUUGCGGAGGUGGUAUUGUUAUAUUUAUAUCGAGUAGUGCAUGUAAUAAACAAGAAAGGAUAAAACGGGAAUGCACGUUUUUAUGUUAACAUCGACGAACCUAACAAGAUGUCAGAAUCAGCAACAGAAAAUGUUUCAACAGAACUGUACCAGUAUCUAUGUCAGAAUAUUGUUGGAACAGAAGAUCACGUAAAAACAAUCAGAAUGAUGAACACUGUCAGAGAUAAUUUACAAAGCGAUAAGACAGUCACAAUAAUAACCAGUGGUAGUUUUGGAGAGGGGCUUCAGAUGCGCGGUAGUGAUUAUGAUGUUAUGACGGUUUUAAAAAAAAUGGAGGUCUGUGAAGACACUCCUAUUUAUUUUAAUACUGACAAAGUAUAUUUUAAAAUGGAAAUGGUAGAUACACAGACAGGUUUCACUAAGUUACGUCUAGUGCACUGUAAACGCCAGCAUAUCUUUGAAGACUGUGAAGUGAUCGGUAGUGAUUUUUACUUUUCAAACUCUUCAUUUAAACAACAUUUUAUGACCAAGGCCGUGUCGACUGUGCAUGGGCCAUGUGUAUCAGACAAAGAUAAAACUCAUGACUUUGCACACUGUUUACAUAGUAAAUUAUGGAUAGCUCCAGCAAUGCAAUGGGUAACACGAUCAAAUAAUUCAUGGCCGAGAUACGAUAUUAAACAGACUAUUGUAAAACACGGGGUUCUAUUUGUACCUAUUGGUGUGAAAGGAUCUACGAAAGAGGAAUUAGAAUGGCGUAUAUCAUUUUCCGUUGGGGAAAAACUUCUCAUUCAUACAUUUACACAUACACAAUUACAAUGUUAUGCACUGUUGAAAAUUCUUCUGAAAGACGUUAUAACUUUAGACAGAGAAUGUAAAGAAUUGCUUUGUUCAUAUUUCAUGAAGACAGUUUUAUUUUGGAUAUGUGAAGAAUUGCCAUCAUCAAUAUGGAAACCUGAAAACUUGAUAUCGUGUUUCAUGAGAUGUUUCAGGAGGCUUAUAUAUUGUGUUGAAUACACAAUUUGUCCGCAUUAUUUCAUUCCUGAAAAUAAUUUAUUUGAGAAAAAGGUACAAGGACACGCACGAAAAACUCUCUUGAAUAAGUUAUAUGUACUAAACAGUUAUGGUUGGCAAUGUAUCUUAUUGUCAGACCAAAUCUCGAAUUUCCAUCAAUUAGUUUUUGAUAUUAAGCAGGAGUCAAGUUUUGUUUAUGCCAAAAGGGUUGAAAAAUUAGUAAACUCAUUUAUGUCCUCCGCAGACGAUUUUAGUGUGACUUAUGAUUUUCUUUUAGAAAAAGUGUUAUACAAGGUUUUGUCCAGUAAGAGUUCAAAACUAAAAUACCUGUACAUAUACUAUAUGUCAAAGUUUUGUUGCAAAAGUGAGCAAUUACUACCAUUUGAGGAUGUGCCCGGUAAUAAAUCAGCUUAUAAACAGUAUCGUACUUGUAUAAGUACUGUGCUAUUGAACACACGUCAUGACGCUGUAUCUGGAUGGCUGAUGUUAGCUUCGUUUUUCUACAGACGAAAACAAUACAAUACAGCUCUUUACAUUGUCCAGUAUACCCUUUUAAAAUGUUCACCGGAAAAACUUUAUAUGUUCAUGAAAUUUUCAGAUAUUCAUUAUGAGCUAUUUAAUUCACGUGUUAUUAGAAAGAUGAUUACUGUUCAAUUGUGGAGAUUUUUUCGAUUAGAUGAGAUCAGUUUUAAAGGAACUAGGUUAGUUCCAGAUGAAUUACACUUUCAUAUAAAUGGUCUACCUCCAGUAGUUUAUGCUCAUUUUAUAUGUUUCCUAUGUCAUUUUCAUCUGAAAAAUAGAAGGCAAACCUGGAAUUCUCUUCGGGAUCUACAGUUGACUAUAGAGGAAAACUUUUUUAUCGCAAUCCAGGCGUACAAGGCUUUAUCUUACAACAUCUUAGGUAUAUGUUUUCAAUUGUUAGGGGACAUAGAAUCUGCAAGAAAAGCUUUUUUGCAUUCUAUAGAAUUAUUUUCAGAUGAACUUAACGAUGCAUACAACUUACUGUUCUUGAUAAGCUGAAUGUGAUUAUUGUUAUGUUUAUUAAUUGUCCUAUUAGUCUUAUGUUUUUAUAUAAAAAUUGUUUUAAAUAAAUGCCUUAUACAGU